AUGAGCCCCUGGCUGGUCCCCACAGCCCCGGCAGCGCUGCUGAGGCUGCACCAGCCCCAGCCCGUCGUGGCCGUGGAGGUCGGGGGGACGGUGGAGAUCCGCUGCGAGGCCAGCGAGGCCAUGAAGAGCAAAGCCAAAGUGUGGUGGUACCAUCGCGGUGGCAGGGCUGGGCCCAGCCUGGUCCUGGAUUGCCAGAGUGGGACGAAGGGGAGGUUCUCCUGUGAGUACGGAGGGUACAGUGUCACCCUGCGCAUCACCGGAGCCCGUCCCCAGGACACCGGCCUCUACCUGUGCGUCUACGGCCAUUCCUGGCUUCCGGAUUUUGGCAAUGGCACCGCGCUGCUGGUGGGAGCCCUCCGCAUCGCCCUCCACCCCUCCCAUGGCUUCCAGCCCAGCUCCCUCCCGCCCAGCGCGGACAGCUGGAGCAAGGGGAGCUGGGUGCGGGUGCUGGCGCUCCGCGGGGCCCCCCCGGGCCCCCCCAGCCUGGUCUGUGCCGUGGGUGCCUCCACCGGCCCCGUCCUCGUCUCCUGGCGGGGGGCGGCCUGGGGGAUGCUGGGGCUGGGGGGCGGCGAGGGGCCGCUCCUCAGCCCCAUGGGCACGGCCGGGGGGGCCGGGGGGCUCUGUGAGGUGCGCUUCAAUGCCUCGGGGCGCCCCGUGCGCAGGAGCGUGGAGCUACACGAGGCCACGGGCUGCUCCUUCCUGAGCCCCAGCGCCUGGGGCCCGGCCGGGGUCGGGGCGCUGCUGCUGCUCAGCCUCGGCCUCAGCACCUGCUGCCUCCGCCGCCCCACGCGCACGGCCCAGCAGCCCGGGGCCCCGAUGCCGCCCGCGUCGCGGGAGGACGAGGGAGAGCUGAACUGCGCCCAGCUGAACUUCGCCGCCCGGGCCGGGCCCAGGCCGUGACCCGCAGCCGGACGUGCCGACAAGCCCGGAGCCGGCGCUCGCCCCUCCGAA